CACGCUGCACAUGUGAUGGCAGGCAGCCGCACCGGGUCCUCCUCCUCCUCUUCCUCCUCCUCCUCCGCAGAUUAAUUAGCGGGUGGACUCGCGGCUCUUGGAUUGGGUGUCUUUUAAUGAGGAUAUUGCGACAAUGGUGAAGGACAAGGCCGAGAACCAGACUCUUCAGUAUCAGCAAACUUUGAUGUAUGGGCGGUACACCCAGGAGCUGGGUGUGUAUGCCAAGGAGGAAGCGGCCCGCCUACGGGACGGAGGAGUGCGGGAUGGCGGAGGACUGCGGAGGAACACCAGUGUUCGCAGUCGUGCCGCAGAUCUGCUGGACUAUGAGAAAGACCCCUGUGCAAAGUGCCAUUUGUGUGCGUCUCGCUGCCAGAAGUUCCUGAUCUCGCGGGUGGGGGAGGACUGGAUAUUCCUCAUUCUGCUGGGGCUGCUCAUGGCUCUGGUCAGCUGGGUCAUGGACUACGCCAUCGCCUUCUGCCAAGAAGCACAGAAGUGGAUGUAUGGCGGACUGGACAGUAACAUGCUCCUGCAGUACAUCGCCUGGGUCAGCUACCCCGUAGUGCUCAUCACUUUCUCAGCAGGAUUCACACAGAUCCUGGCGCCUCAGGCUGUGGGUUCAGGUAUCCCUGAGAUGAAGACGAUACUGAGGGGGGUGGUCCUGAAGGAGUACCUGACGUUCAAGACGUUUGUGGCCAAAGUCAUCGGUCUGACCUGUGCUCUGGGCAGUGGGAUGCCUCUGGGGAAGGAGGGACCCUUCGUUCACGUCGCCAGUCUGUGCGCCGCGCUCCUCAGCAAAUUCAUGGCUCCUCUCUUCGGUUCGAUUUACAUGGAAGAGCCCUUUGAGGGAAGCAAGAACGAGCUGAGGAACACAGAGAUGCUGUCGGCUGCCUGUGCAGUGGGUGUGGGCUGCUGCUUCGCUGCCCCUAUUGGAGGGGUGCUGUUCAGUAUUGAGGUCACUUCAACGUUUUUUGCGGUGAGGAACUACUGGAGGGGCUUCUUUGCCGCCACCUUCAGUGCCUUCAUAUUCAGAGUGCUGGCGGUGUGGAACCAGGAGGAAGAGACCAUCACUGCUCUCUUUAAGACCCGUUUCCGUCUUGACUUCCCGUUUGACCUUCAGGAGCUGCCGGCGUUCGCCAUCCUCGGGAUUGCCUGUGGUUUUGGCGGCGCUCUGUUUGUCUACCUGAACCGGCUGAUUGUAGAGUGCAUGAGGAAACAGAAGACCAUUAACAAGUUCUUGCUGAGGAAUCCAUCUCUUCCUGUCAGGCGCCUGGUGUAUCCUGCGCUCGUCACCCUGCUGAUCUCCACUCUCACGUUCCCUCCGGGCUUCGGCCAGUUCAUGGCCGGACAGCUGACGCAGCACGAGUCUCUGGUCGCACUGUUUGACAACCGCACGUGGUGCCGCCAGGGCGUGGCGGAGGAGUUUGACUACAUCAACCACCACCAUCACGCCUGGAAACACCCGCAGGUCAACGUCUUCAUCACACUUAUCUUCUUCAUCAUCAUGAAGUUCUGGAUGUCCGCUGUGGCCACCACCAUGCCGGUUCCAUGCGGGGCCUUCAUGCCAGUUUUUCUUAUCGGUGCGGCAUUUGGCAGACUUGUUGGUGAAAUCAUGGCAACCAUGUUUCCUGAUGGCAUACAUGCUGACGGCAGCGUGUAUCCCAUAGUUCCCGGCGGUUACGCUGUAGUUGGUGCUGCAGCGUUGUCUGGAGCAGUCACCCACACUGUAUCCACAGCAGUCAUCGUGUUUGAGCUGACUGGUCAGAUCUCCCACAUCCUGCCCGUGAUGAUCGCCGUGAUCCUGGCCAACGCGGUGGCCCAGUCGCUCCAACCAUCACUGUACGACUCCAUCAUCCGCAUCAAGAAACUCCCUUAUCUGCCUGAACUGGGCAUGGGGCAUCACGAGAAGUAUAAUAUCCGUGUGGAGGACAUCAUGGUCAGGGAUGUGCGCUUCAUCACUCUACACUCUUGCUAUCGGGACCUGCAGGAGAUGCUGCUGACUGGUCAGCUCAAAACACUGGCCUUGGUGGAGUCCAGGGACUCCAUGAUCCUGCUGGGCUCCAUCGAGCGGCUGCAGCUCCAGUCGCUGCUCUCUCUUCAGCUGGGCCGCCAGCGGAGGCUGGAGUACCUCCGCCAGCUGGUCCAGGACAAUGGCACCCACGACCACCUGCCCAGCCUGACCACCGACAGCACGCCCAGCUCCCCCUGCUCCCACACCCACAUCAACGCCUCGACCAACACCAGCGCUCGGCAAGCGGUCCGCUUCCUGGUGAGCACCCAACAGAUCUCCACAGAGGAGUCUUCCUCCUUCAGCCCAGUGGUUUCCAAUGUUCAACUUCCUCUGAAAUCUGCCUUGAAAACGGUGUCUGCCAUCAGCGACACGGAGACGCCAAAUAGCUCUCAGACAUUGUCCUGUGCUGACCAAGACAAGGAGCUGCUGGAGAGCCCGGCUGGGCCGGCUACUCCUGAAAACAGAAAGCCCGGGCCCAAACGAGUGAGGAUCUCCAUGGCGGACUCUACUGAAGUGGAAGAUGGCAUGACCCCAUCAGACAUAGCAGAGUGGGAGGAGCAGCAGCUCGACGAGCCGGUGGAUUUCAAGAACUGCAAGAUUGAUCCCGCUCCCUUCCAGCUGGUGGAGCAAACAUCUCUGCAUAAGACCCACACUAUCUUCUCUCUGCUGGGUCUGGAUCACGCCUAUGUGACCAGCAUGGGACGACUGGUUGGAGUGGUCUCUCUCAAAGAGCUGCGUAAGGCCAUAGAGGGCUCAGUGACAGUGACUGGAGUAAAAGUGCGCCCUCCGUUGGCCAGUUUCCGUGACAGUGGGAACAGCACAAACGUAUCCGAGGUCACAGAACUACACAAGCUGUGCAUCCGCCACAGGGGGCUCUCGUUGCCACGGGAACCCAAACCUCCAGACGUGGUGGACCAGCCGGAUCUCCCGUACAAAGAGAUCCCAGUCAACUUCUCGGACCAAACGAAUUUGCAGUUUGAAACCAGCCCCGGCGACGUCUCAAGUCAAUCGUCGGAGCUGGUGCUCCAGGAGAGUCCCUCUUUCACCGAGGAACCGUCAGAGUUUACUUUUGACUGCAGCCCCUCCCACACUGAGGAAUCAGAGCUGGCCUGUGACUAUGACCCCCUCACCCACACCCCUGAGCCGGACGACACACAGCAAGAACAGAGGAGUCCAUCUCUGAACAAGGACCAAUCAGAACCUGAGGGAGAGGGUGUCCCCGCCCACACUAAGGAUCAGUCAGAAUGACCAGAGGAGAUCCAUACUGUCGCCUCAUGAAUGUUGACGUUUCUUACAUUUGUAGAGGUCACUCUCACCUCCAGGUCCAGCCUAGAUACCUGUGUUUCUAACGUUAUUGUGAGUGAGCGAGUGGGAGUGAGCAUGGGUAGAUUCAUUAUUGUGUUUCAAGCUGUGCAAAUGUCUGUUUUUAAAAGGAUGAAGCUGGUUUUAUUCUAUAUUUUUGAUCACUGUCAACAAAUCCCAUGAAAAGAACAAAACCUACAACAGGUUUGUCUUGUCUCUUUCUGACUGUGGCUCUUUGAUUCCUGUUGAAGGCGCAAAUCUUUAAAGAGGAACGCCACGGACUUUAGGCAUCAAAGUCUGUGUACAGGUGCUGUGAAUGGGGGUGGGGGUCCUCUCAGGAACGGCAUCCAGCGUAAAAGCUAUGCCUAAUCAAAUAUGCGGAUCAUAAAACCAGAUCUCAGAUCAUCCGCUUAGGCGACCCCUAAUGGGAGCAGCCAAAAGACAAACAGUCUGUGUACAGGUGUCAGGGAGUACUACUGCAUAUUAUGUGAAAGUUAUAUAAAGCCUUUUGUUGCUCCAGUGGAAGCUGUGUAAAUCUGAUAAAUUGACUCAAAUGAUGUCACUAUAGGCUCAGCGAUGGUUAGGUUUGAAGACUAUAAGUUUGAAAAUUAAGACAAAAGUUUGGGGGUGUGGAGUUAGAAAGAAGUGAGCUUACCAGACCUCUGUAGUUCCUCAUCUCUGCUUGAGGCUAGCAUCACGACACACCUAAAUCUCCUACCAAAACUGUUGGCGGUCGAGUUGCAUUGUGGGUAAAGUAGGCUCCAGGUUUUGAAAAGGAAGGAGAAUGUGUGGAAUAAAAAACACAAUGGCUGUGUUUGAAAUAGCAUACUACAUACUGAGUCGGUAUGUUCAGCAUACUGCAUACUAAAGUAAUGAUUAAGCAGGCAGCAGACUCUUCACACUGAAAUAAACUCAAGCAAUACAUCUUCGCUGCAUCACAUGACUAUAUUGUUAAAUGAAAAUUGAUUAUCACAAAUCAACAUUACCUUUUCCACUCAAUUAUUAAAUAUUUAAGUGUUAAAUAUGUUUCCUUCAGUAGAUUAUUUUCCUCUUAACUGUACCUUAACGUCACUCACCAUCAUUCCUAGUUAUUUUAUCCCACGGUCAAUUAUUUUAACUGUCUGCCUUGCAGUCCGCCAUUGCACAGUCUGAAGAGACGUAAUGCAUUUUUUGGGUCGGUUGAAUAUGUCCAGUAAGCUCACGUCUCACACUCAGAAAUUCUUGUUACUCUAGUAUACAUCCGGGCAUUUCUCGCAUACACAGAAUCCUCAUACUAUUGAGUUGGAACGCACUACAUACUCAAUUUUACAUCAUACUUAGUAUGAAUAGUAUGUUAGUAUGAGAUUUCGAAACACAGCCGGUAUCUUUGGUUCUGCUGCAUCAAUUUUGACCUUUUUUUUUUUUUAAGCUGACAAUUGUGAGACUGAUAAUAAAUAUUUAGUUUACCUGAGUUUGAAUUUGCCGUUUUGGAGCGUUCGAUCACAUCACCUGAUGUUCAUCAACGGAUGAAAGUUUGCUCAGUAGGCCCUUUUCACAGCAGCCAUUGUGACAUGUGAUAGCAGGGUAAACAUAGGUGUAAUUAAUACAAUCAAUUAUGAUCCCACUUUAUUUUAGUGUGUCACAGCCAUUCCAGUGAGCCAGCAUGCACAAGAUCAGGGCCCUAACCCACCUAAAUGGAUCAUCAGCUUAACAGUUGAGUUGAAACUGCAGUUUUCAAGGUCAAGAAUGACCUUUGAAACUCAAUUUUCAUGACGACUAAGCAAACUCUGAUUAGGUGAUAUAAUCAAAAGCUUGAGAACAUCUAAUAAUGGGGAGAGUAAGUCCUUUCCUAAAACAGCUGCACACUGUAGGUUAUAUUAGUCAAACAAGAGUAAAAAGUGCAUUUGUUCAGCCGCAGAUUUGGUGCUCUAGUGAGCAGAAGGAUGGUGUUUGUGGUUAUUUGACUCUGAAAUAAACCACAAUAUUUAUUGUAA